AUGGCGCCAUCAACUAUUAACGUUCUUCUGUCAUCUUUUCCUGGCCUCUCCCUCCCACCGACUUUGGCCAUACCUCUACCGUCAACAUCCUCUAUCGCAGACCUGACCGAGAGAAUAAGCGCCCAUCUUCCCUUCCCCUUAGCAUCUCAAUCAUCGCCUUUGAUCUUGACAACAACAAGCAACAAGCAAAUCUGCUUUUCUUCGCCUGCAAAACUUACGAGCCUUAUACCAGACGUUGAAAAUGGCAUCGCAAACCCUACCUCGACUUUCCUACCACUCCGUCUCAGUGUCCGUGUAUGCGGUGGAAAGGGAGGAUUUGGCUCUCAGCUCAGAGCUGCCGGAGGCCGAAUGUCUAGUCGGCGAAAGGGGAACCAGGAUACAAACACCGGCUCGAACCGUAAUCUCGAUGGCCGCCGUCUGCGGACUGUGAAAGAGGCAAAGGCCCUGGCAGAAUAUCUUGCCUUGAAACCGGAAAUGGAUAAAAAAGAGAAGGAAGCUCGAAAAAGGCGAUGGGAGGCUGCUGUUGCGGCUGCAGAGAAGAAGGAGCAAGAGAUCCGAAACGGUGAAGGAAAGGGGAAAGUUGAUGGCGCAUGGAUGGAAGAUAAGGAAGAGAUGAGCGAAAAGGCUCGUGAGGCUGUUCUACAGGCAAUGGCAGGGGGCGCCUGGAAGGAUAAUCUUGUUGGGGGAUUCCUGGACAGCGCCGAAGCUAGUGGAAGCAGCGGAAGUGGAGGGUCCGUCGAUGCCAGCGAGGACAGCGAGAUGGAGGACAUUGAUGAGGAAGAUUCUCCUAACGAGCCUAGUGCGAGUAUAAAGAAGCCAGCCAGACGGUUCUUUGGAUUCGAUGACGAGGACGAUGAUGACGAAGACCUCAUGUCAGAGGACGAAGAGGAUGAAGUUGAUGAGACCGAUACCAAAGGCAAAGGGAAGGCAAGGGCAUGA